AUGCCUGUCCACAUGACCACCAACACUACCGCCAAUGCUGUAAGUCUUUGUUCAUUUGAGUUCCCUGUUGUGGCUGUUGUACUGGCCCGUGUUUUUUUCUUCCAGGUCAAUGGCGGUAGUCUUGCCGAACAAGCCGGCCUCUUGCCCGGUGAUGCUGUGAUCAAAAUCAACGAUGUCGAUGUUUUCAAUCUACGCCACAAGGAAGCCCAAGAUAUUGUUGUACGCUCUGGCAACAACUUCGUUAUGACAGUUCAAAGAGGUGGUUCAACCUGGCGUCCACAUGUACAGCCCACCGGAAAUGUACCCCAACCCAACCAAAGCCAUUUGCAAACAGUGACAAAAACUUCAUUGGCCCACAAACAACAGGAAUCCCAACACAUUGGUUGUGGCUAUAAUAAUGCGGCUAAACCAUUUGGCAACACCGUCGAUGGCAACGUUAAGAGCAUUGUCAAUAAACAAUACAAUACCCCAGUUGGCAUUUAUAGCGAUGAAUCUAUUGCAGAAACACUCUCCGCUCAGGCUGAAGUUUUGGCUGGUGGUGUCCUUGGUGUUAACUUCAAGAAAAACGAAAAGGAAUACCAAGCCGAUAAGUCUGAAGUUUUGAAAUUCUUGCGCGAAGAAGAAUCUGGCACCUCAACUCCAGCAUUCGGCAAUUACUCCGGUCAAGAUCAGCAUCAACAACAACAAACUCAAUAUCAACCACAACAACAACAACAAACUCAAUACCAACCACAACAACAACAAUAUCAACCACAACAACAACAAUAUCAACCACCACAACAACAAUACCAGCCCUCAGCCACCAAACAUGUCACUGCACCAGUAACUCAACCCAAACCUCCAAGCACUGGGGGUUUGCCAGUUGGCCAAAAUAUUUGUUACAAUUGUGAACGUCUCAUUACUGGUGUUUUCGUUCGCAUCAAGGACAAGAACUUGCACGUUGAGUGCUUCAAGUGUGCCACUUGUGGCACCAGCUUGAAAAACCAAGGUUACUACAAUUUCAACAACAAGUUGUACUGUGACAUCCAUGCCAAAUUGGCUGCUAUGCAAAAUCCACCACCCGGCACUGAUGGCUAUGUUCCCGUACCAAUCAAACCCAAUACCAAAUUGAGUGCUUCAACCAUUACUUCUGCAUUGAGUGCUCAUGGUUAUAACAAUGGCGUUAGCAAUGGUAGCUCAACCCCAACUCCAGCACCGCAGUCGGAAGAAAUGAAUCUCAACGACGAUUUACCCCUGCCUCCACCGCCCUCACCCACACAACUUCAACAGUUUGAGGAACAAAGCAACCAGCACACCACCACCACUAACAUUGGCAGUGACAACAGUAACAGCAACAUUCCACCACAUACCCGAACAUUAAGCAGUUUAUCCUCAAUGUCAUCGGGUUCCAAUACAACACAUUCCUCGACACAUUCCCUAUCGCCAACACCCUACAGCUACAGUUAUACCCAGACCAAUCAGCCAACAACAAUGAUGGCCAGCAAUCAGGCAACAUCUUCGUCCAUAUCCUUAGAUCAUUACGGCUCCUCAUCACCGCUACAUUCAAGACAAACAUCCUCCUCAUCAUCGUCGCUAAAUUACGGCAUAGGCAGUGGUGGUAAUAGUGAUAAUUAUAUGUCAUCACCCCUGCCACCCCCACCGCCACCACCACCAAUGCCCAACACCCAGGAUAACAAUGCCGAUUUGUACAUUAACACAAUGAAGCAGCUAAACAAUGCCAGCAACAACAAUGCCAAAUGGUUGACCAAGCAAAAUGAAAACGAUAAGAAUUCCUAUAAUAAGGUCUCGGCUACGAAAGCUCCGGGCGUGGUAGGUGUUGGAGCUGGUGGCGGAGCGGUUACGGCCACACUGCCCACCACACAAAAGGUCUAUAAUAAAUUUUUAAAAGAGUAUUCCAAUAAAUUGUUGACCCAAAACAAGAAUGGCGACCAACAGCCACAGCAACCACAACAAAUUCCCAACUAUGCAGACAAUAAUAAUGCCCCAGCAGCAGCAACAACAACAACACCACCAUUGGCUGUUGGCUCCCAUAACACACAGAACUACAGCAACAAUAGCCGACCCAGUCAUACAUUCAUUAAUAACUCCUACACUGCCAGCAACAACACAACACCCAAACCCUAUAUACCCAAUCCCAGCAACAACAACACCCACACGAAUGGCAUACUGCAAAAGCACCAACAACAACAACACCAUUAUCCUUUUCACAGCAUCGAUGCUGACUUAAACAACACUAGUUUGCCCAGUGUUGCUGCCUUAACAGCCACACUAAAUAAUCAAUUGAAAUUUGAUUCAUGUCAGGUUGCACCAUCACAACAACAACAAAAAUUACCAACAACUACAACACCAUCUAGUAGCAAUUUACCAAUUGUAGAUAAGAGUCUAAUUAAUAGCGACAACACCAAGAACGCCUCGAAUUCGAACAUCUGCAACAGCAGCAGCAACAACAACAAUCCCGAAAACUUCAACACCACCACCUCUAAUACGGGUACUAACGACAUGUCCUCAACCAUGGCCUCAAGGCCUAGCAUAAGUGAAUCGACGACCAGUAAUGGUGUCGGUGCUGGUGGCUCCGGUGACAAACCCUUUGAAUAUGUAACAUUAACGGGUAAUGUCAUACGUAGUGUUGUGCCACCCGGUAAGGGCACUAAUGUCAAUUACAAGGUCAACCAGGGCUAUGUACGUCCAUUCGGUGCUGCCCCACCAGCUGCUGCUCCCAAGUCACCAGUUACUUUCCCACCACAACCCCAACAAUGGAAUGCUCCACCACCAACUCAGCCUAAACCAACUGCACCAGCUGGCAAUCCUUAUGCCACUUUGCCACGCUCCAAUGUUGGCCAAGGACAAGUCCGUAGAACUCAAUCGUUGUACAACAGCAACAGUAAUUAUAGCAGCAACUAUAAUAUGUCCCAACAACAAUACAAGACUCCAAGUUUUGUAGGUGGACCCAAUAGGUACUCAACUCUGCCCUCUUAUACAUCCUAUAACAGCAAAAACCUCUACAAUAACUACAAUUAUCAAGAAGAAACCGCAGAGGAAGUCUUGCAACCGCAAUAUGCUGAAACGUCAUAUUUCGAAGAAGAUUACGAAGUGGAGCGGGCAAAUCGCCAGGUGCGUUCGAAUUUCUGUUGGCCGCCGCAGCAGGAUGAUCAUCGUACGCCCACGGCGGCACCACUUUAUAUUGCACCACCCGAAACACAACAUGUUGAGGUGAAGCCCAUAGAAAAUCCGCCUCCUCCUGAGACUGGAGAGAGAAGAGCAUCGCAACAACAGUUGCAACAGCGGCAACAGCAGCAGCAACAACAACAGUUGCAACAACAGCAGCAACAACAACAGUUGCAAUAUCAACAGGCACAAGCUGAUCAGCAACAACAACAAAGCCAAGCUCAAUGGCAAAGCCGCUCAGCACCCCAACUUACCACUGGUGUGCAAUCCACGGAAUGUGAAUCGGGCUCCGAUUCCUAUACCUCCACCAGUACCACCGCUACCACCACCACAUCCGAUGACUAUCAGCGGAUGUAUGCUGCUCAGGCCCAAGCCUAUCAAAUGCAACAACUCUAUGAACAAUCCGGUUCAGAAUUUGAUUAUCACAUGGAUUUGGAAGUUGCUUCUAUGCAGCAGAGUCACGAUCAUCUGCAGCUAAGCUCUUCCGAAUACAUCUCCGGACGUCGGAGUGCCCAGGAAUGUGUUGAAACCUUGGUUCCCUCGCUGAGCACCUAUAAACUUGUGGACAUGGUUAGGGAAGUAACACCCAGUCCAGUGCCCACGCAGCCAACAAGCACAUCUCAGGGUCCAAGACGUGUCGUAUUUCAGGAUGAACCCGAAGUUAAAGUUGUGGAUACUCCCACUCAACAAGACACCGCCCCCGAAGAGGAGGAAGACAAAGGUUUAGUUGUAGAAGAUCGUUCUCACAUUUUAGAAAGCCAACGUCUAUUUCAACCCACUCCAGAAAUAAAAUUUGAAAUUGCCCCCGUCAAGCCUAUACCUCCAACAAAAAUUCCCAAUCCCACUCCCAAAGAAUGGAUCAAUCCAAUGGUGGCUGUACUAACAACAGCUCCUGAAACUCCCUUCCAUAUGGUUGACUGUUUGUGCCCCAAGCCUUGUGAUGAUUGUACCUAUCAGGUUGAACCCGAACCGGAACCUGAGGAGGAGAUCACUAAGGUAUUGGCUGAAGAGACAACAACUGAAACCAAACCUGAACCUUAUGAAAGACCACUCUCUCCAGAGCCUGAACCCGAACCUGUAUCUAUAAAUUCCAUCUGGGAUACUCCUACCUUGACCAAGGCCAUGACCAUUGCGCCACCUUUUGAAUUGAAAUUUGCUCCCCCAGCCUCUGAGGGUGUACCCCUGCCAGAAGAGACGGUCCCCUAUAUGCCCCCGCCCAUCGAAAUUAAACCCUAUGUUCGGGAAGAUUAUCGUCCGAAAUCACCAUUCUUAAGUGCUCUCACCGUAGCUCCUGAUCGUCCCUUUGAAGGUCACUUUGAGCGUGAUGUACCCAUACACAUCUUGGAUUUGCCCACACCUACUGGUGUGCUAACAAUGUCAGAUGCAUUGCGCACGGCACCGGAACGUCCCUAUACUCCCCUGGAUCCGGAGAAUGCCACCCAUCGCCUGGAGGAGGAACAAAAGGAAAAGGAGAAAAAGAAGUUUGAGUUUCAGGUUCUGGACAGAGAAGAAGAAUUGGGUAUACGCAAACAGUCCAUAGACAAGCCUGAGUAUUUCACAACCACCGAUAAACGCAAGUCGUCGACGUCAGCAUUUGCGGCAAUGCAAGCAUUCCAACCAUCCAAACAACCUCUGUCCUCUACCUCAACUCCGGCCACACCUCGUACAUCGAUUUCCUAUACCAAAGCUGAGGGCGAUGUUGAAUAUCAAAAGUUUUGUGAUGCCCAAGAUCGUUAUCAGAAAAGACGUAGCUAUUUCUCACAAAAGGAGCAAGAGCUCCUACAACAACAACAAACAAACACUAUUACUACCUCACAACAACAACAACAGCAACAACAAAAACAACAAACUAAUAACACACGUGAAGAAUCCUCAUUAUAUUCCUCUACCAAAGCUAGCUCUUCUUCCUCUAACACCUCUUCCGCAGUCCAACAACAACAACUACAGAAACAACAGCAAUCCUCCUCAUAUGCCUCGAAUCUAACACAAGCUACCACCUCCUCGUAUACAUCGGCUUAUGAAAAUGUUGGGACCACCUCCACAAAACUCGAAGCCCGGGAAAUAAUCGAAGAAACCGCCGAGGAACUCGAACACUCCGAGGUCAUUUUCCCACCACCAUCACCACUCAGUCACUUGAAACAGAAAACAUCGUCGGGUCUCCACCGUCCCGAAAACAUACCCAAAUAUCAGCGCAAUUGGACAGUGCUGCCAUCCCAGAGCCCAGUACGUACUCCCGAACCGCAUGAGUUGCGGGAGAAUGUACCGCUGGCAUUUGUCGAUACACCCAAAACACCCACCUCCACAAACGGCCAGUCCAACGAAAACACUGUACAUAAGCCCGUGGCCCAAUUGUCGACACGCUCAAGUACCGCACAACAGCAAUCCUCCACCCAUGCUAGCGCCUAUAGUUCAAACGUCACGAGUACUCAAAGUCACGAACAAAGGCAACAGCAACAACAAACUGCUUCCGCUUCCACCUACUCCUCCAAUGCUAGACAGCAAAAUAAACCUACCGCGGUUCCCAUUAUAAUUGAAGAUCGCUCCGGCCCAGUAACUAUGGCUUUCCAAGCGCUCGACGAACACGUGGUGAGGGAUCAUUCUCAGCCACCAUCGCGGCCUUAUACUCCCUCCAGACCAGCCCCCAUUGUACCGGCUUAUCAAACUCCCGAAAAACUGUGCUUUGAUGAAUGUCCAGCUACUCAUGCCCGUGCCUAUGAUGCUCGUUCAGCCUCUCCAUUUCCAGAUCGCGCCCGUUCGCCAGCACCUGGACCACCACCAAACCCCUUGGCUGCCAUCCGGGCUCCACGCCUCAAGGAUAAUGAGGUGUCCACAUUGAGUCCUAGGGUUUUGCAAGCCGGUUCCAUUACCACCGGCCAGAGCUAUUUGGGCGCCCAGCAGGCUCAGAAGCAGGAGAGAAUGCUGUCACAUACCGAGACAUCUUCGCAAUCGGGUAUGCAGAGUUAUUCUCAACAGCCGGAAAAAAGGGAUGAAUAUCAAAUCGGCAAUUUGAGCGUCCAAAGGAGGGAGCAAUCGUCCCGCUUGGCCGAACAGCAGCAGAGUCAAAUGCAAUCGCAAACCACUACCCAGGUGGGCAAUACCCAGAUCGAACGUCGUCGUAAGGUGACCGAAGAAUACGAACACACCUCGUCGGCCAAGACUGUGGAAAUACGCACUGGUUCCCAGACUACUUCCCAGGUGGCUGCUUCCACAGAGCGUAGGCAAUCCUACGGCAAGGGUUUUGUGGCCAAUCAAGCUCGCCGUCUGUCCGGCCUAGAGCAGGAGAUCACCAAUUUGACACCGCAAUCGCAGGCCAUUAGUGCCCGGGCUGCCACUCUAACCGAAACUAAAUUUCCCGAAUUGCACAGCCCCGAACCGACGGAGGUCUCGAAAUUCCCUACAAAACCAAUUUUACCUCCUCACGAUGAACCUCAACCACCGAGCUAUGUUGUUUCUGGAGCCGCUAGUCGGUCAUUGGCUAACACGUCGUCAAGCUACCAGCAGGAUCAAAAGUUGUCAUCUGUUUGUGGAUCAUCUGUGGUUUCCACGCAACAGCAGCAGCAUAAGUUUCAACAGCAACAACAACAACAGAAAUCAUUAAGUACAUAUUCGUCAGUAUCAUCAUCUUCACAACUCCAACAACAACAACAAGUAAACACCGUUAGCUCUAGUCUAACCAAAGCUUCUGCUACCACUUUAACUAAUAAUCAAGCUUAUAAAUCGAUCACAGCUGGUACUAACCAAAAUGCAACAACAUCGACGACAACACCCCUCGGUGUCUGUCCCGUUACGGGUACAUUCUGUCGCCCCGGUCAUACGUGCUGCAAACAACAAACAAUGCAAUUAAAUAAUAACAGCAACAACAACAAUAACAAUGUUAGUAAUGGCGCCGCCUAUCGGCCGAAUGCUUCUUUAGGUUCUGGCAACGCUUCUAAUAAUGCAGCCAGUAGCCAACAGCAGCAGCAACAACAACAGCGACAACAGCAAUUGCAAAGUGCACCAAAGCAAGCGCCAGCACCAGCUCCGGCUUCAGCUUCCACAAAUUUAUCAACUCCAUCUACUAAUGUUGGUGGUUCUAAUGAUUCUGCAGGUGGUCUAGCUCCCAAGGGCGGUGCCUAUGGUGCCACCUCGGCUCCCAAGCGUGGACGUGGUAUUAUGAAUAAGCCUGUGGCUGCUGGUGUCCGUGUACCAUUGUGUCAUAGCUGCAGCACUCAAAUCAGAGGUCCCUUCAUCACUGCUUUGGGCAAGAUCUGGUGUCCCGAACACUUCCACUGUGUCAAUGCCAAUUGCCGUCGCCCAUUGCAAGACAUUGGCUUUGUUGAGGAAAAGGGUGAUCUGUACUGUGAAUACUGUUUCGAAAAGUACUUGGCUCCCAGCUGCAGCAAAUGUGGUGGUAAAAUCAAGGGCGAUUGCCUGAAUGCCAUUGGCAAACAUUUCCAUCCUGAGUGCUUCUCUUGUGGCCAUUGUGGCAAAUUGUUUGGCAAUACUCCAUUCUUCCUUGAGGAUGGUAUGCCCUACUGUGAAGCCGAUUGGAAUGAGCUCUUCACCACCAAGUGUUUCGCUUGCGGUUUCCCCGUUGAAGCCGGUGAUAGAUGGGUUGAGGCCUUGAACCAUAAUUACCAUAGUCAAUGUUUCAAUUGCACUUACUGCAAACAAAACUUGGAAGGUCAAAGCUUCUACAACAAGGGUGGCCGUCCCUUCUGCAAGAAUCAUGCCCGUUAAGGUCCAUUUAGCCCAAAGAGGGGCAUCAUUU